UCUUCUGCUUGAAUAAUUUUGGCAGAGACCAUGAAAGAAGAAGAAAAACAUAACGAAAAAGAUUGCUUAGUUCGUUGACCAAAACGCAAGUUUAAAAGGCUUCACAACAACCCUUUUAUUCUUCUUGUACCAUAAAGACUCACAGUCCUCGGUAGAUCAUUCUUCAAAUAGAGUGCUGUAUGCCGUGUUUGUUGCUGGGGCUAUGCCAACGUAAUGGUUUGUUCUUCCAUCAGCAUAUAAGUGCAAAAUGUAGUCCGCCUAAGUUGGUUUGUCCAAAGACAGAUGAGCAACCAUAUCUGUUUCAUAUCUCAGGCACCAUCCUCAUGUUGUUUCCAUAUCUCCUUCAGAAAUUCUAAAUUGAGAUAUGCUAGCAGUUCUAUGCCCAAGACAAGCUCUUGUUCAAUUGUUUUGCCCUUUCAAGCAUUACAGGGAAGCUGUUUUGGGUCUAACGUAUCAUAUCGGAGGAGCAACUGGCAUUCAUUAACAGUUAAAAGCAUUGCGAGUUCCAAACAUACCCAGAGGGGAUGCCUUGGUAUUUCACUGGUGUCCCAAAAUAUGAAAGUGAGGCAUUUGGUGCCUAGACGACUAAUGAUUCCCAAAAUCAAAUUUAAUGUGAGACAUGUUUCUUGGCCAAAAGGAUGUACGUUUGCUUGCUUAAUUUUCAGUUCACUGGUUUGUAAUUCAAAACCUGAACCAGUACAUGCUGAAGUAGCUGAGGUAAAUGAAAACAAGGGAGGUGAUUGUGAUUCCUCAUCUACCAGCUUUUCACAUGGGAAGAAAGUGUAUACCGACUAUUCUGUUAUUGGCAUAUCUGGAGAUGGAAGAUGUUUGUUUCGCUCUGUUACUCAUGGAGCUUGUUUGCAAUCUGGAAAGCCUGCUCCAAAUGAGACCCUUCAAAGGGAACUAGCAGACGAAUUACGAGCUAGAGUGGCAGAUGAAUUUGUAAAAAAGCGGAGAGAGACAGAAUGGUUCAUAGAAGGUGACUUUGACACCUAUGUUUCACAAAUGAGGAAGCCUCAUGUGUGGGGAGGUGAGCCUGAAUUGUUAAUGGCUUCUCAUGUUCUCCAACUCCUCUUUGUAGUAGAAGUGAUUAAUGUCACUAAGACAGAGUGGCAAGACUUCAUUAAUUCUCAUGAUUGCAGGAUGCCAAUCACAGUCUACAUGAACGAUAAGGAUUCUGGUGGUCUGAUAUCCAUUGCAGAGUAUGGGCAGGAAUAUGGCAAGGAUAGUCCUAUCGAAGUCUUGUAUCAUGGUUUUGGUCAUUAUGAUGCAUUGCAGAUUCCUGGUAACAAGGGUGCAAGAUCAAGACUCUAG